AUAUCAAAAUCAAAUUCUCUCCAAUAAUUCAUUUUGAAAAAAAGUCAUUAACCACUUAAAACCGUGGAGCUGAAUUUAGAAACAUACAAAUUCAAAUGAAACCGAAUGAAUUGAACCGAAACUGUCUCAACCCUGUCUGAGAAAUCAGAAACAAAAACAGCAAACAGUUACAAACAAAGAAACAACAAUGGAGUCUUUACCAAACAUGAAUGACCUAACAAAAAAACACAUAGACAUAGAUUUUCUAAAUCAACACUUUACAACCAAACAAGACCUUUUUAUUGAAUCCACUCAAUUUCUCAUCUCUUCUUCACUCACCAAACACUGUUCUCAACUUCACUCUUUUCUCCUUAACAACCUCACUAAACGCACCGUUUCAUGGAUUUCUCGUUCCUUCAAAUCCAAUUCCUCUUUCCAACAACUCUCCCUCUCCCUCCAAAAUCUCUCCCUCCUCACUUCUCCCCAUGGAGUUGGUUCCAAGAGAUUUCGGUGGGUUUUGAGUGAGGAGCUUCCGCGAUUAGCCGAAGAAUUGAAUCGAGUUGAGUCUAUUCGGAGCUAUCUUCAGAAUGCUGUACAGUUGGAAGCUUUGGUUGGAGAUCUUGAAGAUGCUGCUCUCUUUGUCAUGGCUAGUCACACUCGUGCAGGCAAUAUGUUUUCAUCAAAGCUCUCGAUAUCAUCAAUUUCCAAUGAUAAUAAUGAACAGAAGCAUGACAACUUGAUUCAGGCUAUAAAAGCCAUGAAUGACAUUGAACAAGUAUUGGUCACUAUUGUGAAAUUCCAUCCUCAGUGGCAGUGUCUUCUGAGGUCUGUUGAUGUUAGAGUAGAUAAAAUCUUGGCUGCUCUCCGACCACAAAUUUUUGCAGAUCAUCGGGCUCUUCUUGCCUCUUUUGGGUGGCCACCAAAACUGCUGCAGUCAGAAAACAGUCGCGAGCAAAUCACAAACCUUCCUAAUCCAUUAGUUCUAAUGCAAGAAGAUAAAAGAAGAAAUUACUCUCGAAGUUUUAUAGUUCUUUGUGCUUUACAGCAUCUGCAAGAUAAAAGAGAAGAGAGACAGCUUAAGAUGAAAAGAGAGACACAGAAUUUACGGCUUUGGGCUAUUGAUGAACUAGUCUCUCCUAUUGCAUCAAGGAUGGAACACCAUUUUGGAAAAUGGACGGAACAGCCAGAAUAUAUCUUCGCGCUGGCAUAUAAAGUUACGCGGGGUUUUAUUACAGGAGUAGACGAUGUCUUGCAGCCUCUUAUUGAUAAGGCGGGGCUGAUCAGUUGUAGUGCAAAGGAGGCAUGGGUCGAUGCAAUAGUUCAAAUGCUUUCUGGCUUUCUUGCAAAGAAAGUUUUCUCUUCGCUUGCCGAAAGUUACAACGUAAAACAUUUAAAACCGGAUGUAUUAUCUUCAUGGCUUCACCUCAUAGACCAUAUCAUUGCUUUUGACAAAAAGAUGCAAUCUCUUGUCAAUCAAGACACUUGUUUCUUGGCGGAGUCCGGAAAUUUUGAAGGGCCCUCAAGAGGUAUGUCAGUUUUAUCAAUAUUCUGUGAUAGGCAUGAUUGGCUGAAGAUGUGGGCAAAAUUAGAAUUCAAAAAUGCGUGGGAGAAACUUAAUUCAGAGUUGAAAGAUGAGAAAACAUGGGUGGUUUCUAGCAAAUGUAAUAAUGGGAUUGACACUGAUCAGGAACAUCUGUUAUCUACUAUAGAAGAUCACAAAGCUCCACCUAUUGCAGAGCUAUUCCUUAAAAUCAAUUGGGAAAUGAUUAAACGCUGCCAAACUAUGCCAUCCAUUUUGUCGCGUGCAAAGUUUAUUAGAUCUGCAGCAGGAAGAUUCAUCUGGUAUUUCUUUAAGAUAUUGCUUUUGCGGUUCAAGUCAACUGAAUUAUCUCCUCAUAAUUCUGAUGAUGUUGCCAUAGUUAGAGUGUGCGGGUUAAUAAAUGCUGCCAGGUAUAUUUCGAUUAAACUGCAAGAAUGGAAUGAUGCUGUGGAGUUUCUGGAGAUGAAAAUUGCUGAAAAAGAUUCUAGCAAGAAAACGCAAGAUGAUACAGUGGCUAGUGACUGCUUUUUUUAUGAAGAAAUAAAAAGCUUGUUUGAAAUGGAAACCAACUGGCUUGUGGAAAUUAUUGCGGUUAUUCUUCGACAAUUUGAAAUACUUUCUUGGGAAUAUGUUCAAAACAAAGAUAACUUUGAGGAAAAACAAGAUUAUACAAAUCUAGUUGUUGCAAGCGAGGCAAUUAGUUUAGUUGUCUCCAAUGAUUUUGUCGGGGCUUUAGAUGCUUUAAAAGGUUGGCUCGGUAUUGUGAAGAUAAAUCUCAACAGAAAGGACUUCUUAGAUUUAUGGAGAAGCAUUGCCGAAGGACUGGAUCAUUACAUUUCAAGCAGCAUUUUAACAAGUGAGAUUCGGUUUUCCAAGAUUGGUACAAGUCAAUUUGAUGCUGAUAUGCAAGCUUUGAUAUAUAUUUUCAAGCCUUAUUGUGCUCGCCCGCAUGCGUUUUUCCCUUAUAUUAAUGAGAUUAUUAAGCUUUUGAAGCUGAAAAAAGAAGAGGCAAAUCAAAUUCAAGGUUUACUAUCCAUUGAUGAAAGUGGACCUAAAUGUUUACAUCUUCAUGGAAUUUCUCAUCUAUCGGUUAAUCAAGUUAAUAAAGUUCUUAGAUACAGAAAUUGUGCCACUUGAUUUAUGGUAUCAAAAUGUUGCAGAAAUCUAGGCCAAGUAAACAAAUACUCUUAUGUAAUAGAAAAAGCACAUGAAAUAAGCAAAUACUUCUACCUUUGAAGACAAGUCAUUAUUGUCUGUAUAGAAAGUUGUUAGGAAUUGUGAUACAUUGAGCUCUCACCACAACAUGUAAGGUUUUUAACGAAAAUGGAUUCCCUACGGUCAAAUAGUGACUGCAUGGUGAUCUCACUUACUGUCUGAUUUGUAAUAUAAUUUUUAUUUUUUGAGUUAUUAA